AUGGACGUGGAGCUGGAGCAGGCGAAGCGCGAGGCCGCGCUGCACGCGCGCCGCCGAGAGGAGCUGGACACGCUCAAGCAGCAGCGCAAGGAGCGCGCCAAGAACUCGGUGACUGCCAGCUUCAGUGGCAAGCAGAAGAAGCAGCAGCUGCGGGCGCGCAAGCAGCGACUGGCUUCGCGCAGGGACGAGGAGGCGGCGCUGGACCUGCAGAGCGCGCAAUACGAGGAGUUCUACGCGGAUAAACCGGCGGCAAUUGAGGAGGAGGAAGAGGAUGACGAGGUGGAAGCUUUCCGCGCCGAGCCGGACUUUUUCGCUCGGAAUAACGACCUGGACAACGAUCUCAGCUCCCGUCUGAAGCUUACGGUGGCGCUAGGCAAGAACAACAAGGACGCGGUGGGCAAGGAGCUCUCGAGCUUCUUCGUGAAGGAGACCAAGGAGCAGAUUCAGUUGAGACUCAUGGAGGGGCAACGUCCGUUGAAUCUGUACAAGAGAGAGACGCCGCUGCUGGCCACGGUGAGCGAACGCGACCCGAUUCUGGACCACCCCAAGCGACCGAAGUGGACGUACAGUAUGUCCAAGGAGAAGGUGGACACCAAUGAGAGUCUUAUGUUCGACCAGUGGCUCACCAAGAUUCACGACAAGUACGACAACGAGCACUUGAACCACUUCGAGCACAAUCUGGAGGUCUGGCGUGAGCUGUGGCGAGUCACGGAGCGGGCCACGCACGUCGUGGUCGUGGCUGAUGUGCGGAACCCCUUGCUGCACAUCCCCGCGUCGGUGUAUGACCUCGUUACGAAGGAGCUCAAGAAACCUAUGGUUGUGGUGCUCAACAAGGUGGACUUGAUCCCGACUUCUGUCGUCCAGCUCUGGAAGCGCUACUUGGCUACGCGGUUUCCUCUCGCUCAUCAGGUCUGCUUCUCAUCCCGCUCGAACGCUGUGCACGGCGACAACGAUGUCAGCACUCGCCGCCGAGUCCUCAGCAAGAAGUUGGAAGUCGGAGAUGCAUCUGCUAUCAAGGGUGCAGUGGACAUCCUCGUGGCUUGCGGUAUCGAUUCAGAGGAGGCUCAAAAGCUUGCCGAAGAGUUGAAUGCGAGCUUGACGGAGCAAGAGAGCUUGCAGGCGCAGUUUGACGCGGUGCAAGAGAAGAAGAAGGCUGGAGGCAAGCGACGCAGCAAACGCAAACAGAAGAGCCGUGGUGGCCGAAAUGGCGAUGCUGGGGACGGUGCUGCCGUGGUUCACGAGUGCCAGCACUGCGGCUGUGAUGACGCUGCCGUUGCUUGCAUGUCGUGUGCGAUUGGUGGACGGCCGAGCGCCGCCGACGCGAAGGUCAAGGACGAAGCGGACGCUAUUGCUCGGGGUUACUUGUUGUGCGCCCGGUGCGAGCGCGAGGAACACGCUGAGCUUAAGGGCCAUUUCCAGGUACGCCUGCAAUCAGCAUUGGCUGCCGAGUCCACAGACCCUGCUGUCCCCGGUAGCGCCGCAGCCAUGGGACAGGCUAACACGCCUAAGGUUACGAUUGGCCUCAUUGGACAUCCAAACGUGGGCAAGUCGAGUGUUCUGAAUGCGCUGGCGGGCAAGAAGAUCGUGAGUGUCUCGCACACUCCAGGACACACGAAGCGACUGCAGUCGAUCAUGAUUUCUCCUGAAAUCUGUAUUUGCGAUUGUCCUGGUCUCGUGUUCCCGUUUGCCGGCGUGCCUAAGUAUCUCCAGGAGCUCAGCGGGCUGUACCCGUACUCACAGAUUCGUGAACCAUACUCGGCAGUGCGUUUCCUGGCCGAACAUGUUGUGCUGGAGCAGAUUCUGGACCUCAAGCCCCGCACACAGCUAUUUGACGGUUUAGAGGAAGAACUCGAGUGGACACCUUGGACAUUGUGUGAAGCGUACGCGGAGAAGCGCGGCUAUCGCACGGAUCGUCGUGGUAGACCCGAUCACCAACGUGCUGGAUCGGAGCUGGUUCGUGACACGGUUGAUGGCAUUCUGCCCCUCUUCUUCCUUCCGCCCGACUACACAGGCAAGGAUAUCACACCGUCCAGUAUCGCCAAAUACUGCAAGCAGGAGGAGGCAUCAAAGACUGGUGCACACGAAGAGGGCGGCGUUGAUGCUGACGAUGAGGAGGAAGAGAGUUCUGAUGAAGAGGAGGAGGAGGAUUCCUCCGCGUCACAACCGGCAAAGGGCAAGUCAGCGCCUGUAAACGCAUUCAGCUUGCUGGACUCAGACUCAAGCGACGAAGACAGCGACGAGGAUUAA